AUGAAGCAACUUGCGUGGCUGAUUGGUUCUUCAUGGAUACUUCACGAUAGCAACGAAAAUAGUCCUCAAAAAUCCAAGAAAAAAUCGGAAGAGAAACAAACACAGUCUUUGGCGGUGAUGAGCAUCCAAAACAUUGGAAUCUGGAUGGCCACUAUGUUAAUACCAUGCUUGGCCGUGGUUUACGGGAUAUCUGGUCGUGCUGACGGCUUAAAAAGAGCGGCUGAGGACAUCCAAUGUUAUAAUACCUGCCGCUUACGGGUUGCCGAAAGCAUCCCCGUUAAUAUUUCUUUCCCGGGAGCUAUGAUGCCAGAAACGACUUUCGAGGCAUGGAUGAGGCUCAUUUCUCACGCUGAAAAUGGAUUAGUGAUUGCUGCUUACAAGUCAAGUCUACAGGGACACCAUGUACUCGAUCCCAUUGAUCUCCAUUUUUCGAUAGAGGGCGAUACCAUAUUUCAACAACUGAAGGAGCGUGGGGCUGAAAUCGAUAUUCAAAUGAUUGAAAGUUUUCCGCCAAAGGAUCGUGGCGACAAUGAGGAUGGAAAUAUUCUUGAGCGUCUUGGUUUGUUGAAUCGGCGGAAGUUGGAAAUGAAGCGGGCAUUAAAACGAGACGGAAAAAUGCACUCAAAGUUUUUGAUGGCUGACGAUAAACAUUUUUAUAUGGGGUCAGCUAACCUCGAUUGGAGGUCAUUGAAUCAGAAGAUGGAGCUGGGGUUCGUUGUGGAAGAUUGUCCUUGUUUGGGCAAAGACCUUCGCUCAAUUUUUGAUACUUACUGGCGAUUAUCAGUAGGAGAUUCAGUCUCGGCUGCAGCUAGGUAUAAUAAAGAGAAGCCGCUGCAUAUGUCUAUAGAUGGGGCCGAGACCGAAGCAUUUAUUGCGGCAUCUCCGCAGAUACUGAAUGCAGGUCAACGGACUUGGGAUCUUGAGGCUUUAGUCGAUAUGCUCGACUCAGCCCGUGAGUUCGUCCAUGUACACGUUAUGGAUUAUCACCCGAUUUUUGUCUAUGGAAGGGGAAAAGAAUUAUGGCCAACACUUGAUGAUGCAUUGAGAAGAGCUGUGGCUAGAGGUGUACAUGUCAGGGUACUGUCCGCGGCAAUCCAUCAUCCGGAGAUUGGCAUAAGGUUUUUGAAAUCGCUUCAGGACCUUGACGGUAUUAAUCGAAAUGGUAGUGUACAAGUGAAAAUCUUCAAAGUGCCUCCCCCACCAGCCGCCACCUCGUCAGUCAUUAUACGUGAUCGACGCACACAUAACAAGGUGGUAGUAACCGAAGAAGCUGCCGCUGUUGGUACAUCCAAUUGGUCGGGUGACUAUUUCGAAGGAGGGACAACAGGCACCGCCAUCGUCAUUCGCCAACGUGGAGAUCAAAGGCCAUUGAUCCAACAACUUUCCUCAAUCUUCUUUCGCAAUUGGAAUUCGAAAUAUGCUCACCCAGUGCACGAAUAUUUUGAGCACUGCAUCAGACGACGCGAGGCGGACUUUUGUGAAACUGAAAAAGACCCGCGACUCUUUGAUCACCGGAAAUAU